AUGCUAUUGGCAAGAAAUAGAAACUUAAAUAUCUAUGCACAAUUAGCAAUCAAUGUCAUUAGUGUAGUUGCGAAAUAAAGUGAUUAAUUUUUGUUGCUCCAAACCUUUGUGGGAUUUGCACUAUUUUUAUAAAACGAUCAAAAGAGAUGGGUUGUAAAUAUCCUCACUUGCUUAAUCCAAGUAGCCAUAAUUUGUUUUUAUUCAUAAAAUAAUGAAAUCCAAUCAUACUUAAUGAGUGUUUUCACUGUUAUAUCUGUAACAUACUUUUAUUGGGCUAUCAAAUUACCCACAUUGAAAAAACAAUCCAGUGGAAUAGAGUUUUUACCUUUGAACCAAUAAAAUUCAGUUAAAUCUAGCUUAUCAGUAGAUGAAUUGCCUUAACAUCCUUAAAAUACAAUUAUACUCGAAAAUUAAAUCUUAGACAUUAAAUAUAUUUCAAAUUCUCUAAAGGACUUAUUAUUUUCUGACUAAAUUUCAGAAUUCAAUUUAUUGGACUCAAUUAAUAUCUUGAAAGUAGAUAAAUAGACCUAGCGUAAUCUAAACUAGAAGAUCAAAGGAAUAUCAUUUCGUUAAUUGAUUGACAAAUGCUUAAUUCUUCAAAAAACUGAUGACAUUUUAAUUAUAAAAACAAAUAUUCUUAAAUUAGAGUAUUAUUAAAUUAAGGUGCGUUUUUCGAAAGAAGGCAUUACACUGCAAUUAGAAGAUGUAAAAGAAUUCGCUAAAUACGUCAAAAAGAAUUCAUGUUUCGCCUUAAUGAAUAAACUAUUUUAAUCAUUUAGUCACGAAUUCGGGACUUUGUUAAAUUAAAUUGCUCUAAUUUCUUAAAAUGGUUAAAUCUAAAAUCCAAACAUGAAAGAACAGUUUGAUUUAAUUUACAAUUGUUGUGUUAUUAUGAAUAAUAUGGUUAAAGACUUAAAAGACUUUCACUAACUGAGGAGUAAAACAUUUUAAUUAGAAAUUGUUGAUGUUAACAUUGAUGGAUUAUUUAAUGAAUUACAUCACUUAUUCAAAUAGUAAGCAAUUGCAAAGCAAAUAUCUAUGUUCAUGAUUAAUAAAGUGAAAAUAGGGUUUAAAUAAGAUGAACAGAGGAUAAAGUAGAUAUUGUAGAACUUAAUAUAAAAUGCUAUCAAAUAUACUAAUUAAGAUGGCGCAGUAUAUGUGACUGCUGAAAAAUACGAUGAAAAAAGAAUUAAGUUUUCGGUUCUCGAUUCAGGUAUAGGAAUCAGUGAGGGUGUAUCCUAGAAUAUAAAAUAAAUGCUCAGUAACGAUUUGAUUUUAACUUCCAAGAUUUCAGAAGGAACUGCAGGUUUGGGCUUAGGAUUGUUAAAUUCAAAUUACUUAACUAAAGAAUUGUCAUCCUUCAAAUAGGCCAAUAAGGAAUUCUUAUAAUUUAGUUCAAAGUAGGGAGAAGGUAGUAAUUUUUGGUUUUAUGUAUGGAAAUACAAUCUGUUGGAGUCUCCAUCUAGUUAAUUCGAAAAUAACUCAAUACAAAUCUUAGAAAAAAAAGUGUUUCUUCAUUAAAAAACCAAUAAUAUUCCACCGCCGCCAAGUUUAUCAAACUCAAAAAGCUGCCCAUCUUAAUUCAAAAGAGUGAGUCCCAAAAAACGUUCAUAUACUAGAACCUCAAAUUAAGCGUUCUUUCCUGCUGAUGUUUAAGAAGAUAAUGCAAUUGUAAUAUAGGAAGAGAGCGAUAAAAUUGAGGAUGACCCAAAACCCAAUCAUCAAUCGGAUGAAUGCCAAUGUUGUAAAUUACUACUUGUGGACGACGAACCAGCAAACUUGUUUCCAUUAAAAAUCAUGAUUAAGAUGCUAGGAUAUGAAACUGAUUUAGCUAAUAGUGGAAUGUAAGCAAUCAAUCUAGUUUAAAUGAGAAAUAAUUAGCAUUGUUAAUAUCGAUUAAUUUUAAUGGAUAUAAAUAUGCCAUAGAUGGGAGGAUUAGAAACUACAAGAAGAAUUAAAAUUUAUAAUCCUAAUAUUAUAAUUGUAGCAUGUUCAGCAUUCAGUGAUAUGUAGACAAAAUAUGAGGCUUAAUCUGCUGGAAUGCAAAAUUAUUUGGAAAAACCAAUUAAUAAAGAAAGCCUCAAAGAAAUUUUAGAAACUUAUAUUUGAUAUAUAAUUUUAUUUAUCUUCUUUUGAUCUUAUAUUAGAGAA